GCCGCCAGUGGGGGUCUCGGUGCCGACCCCAGAAAUCCGCGCGGACCUCCAGCAGCUUCUGCUUCUGCCGUUUGUUGGCCCUCUGCUUUUGUCCCCGCCGUUCCGUCCUGCAGCAGCUUGGGGCAUGCCCGUCUGAGGAGGAGCUCGUGACCACGACACCGGACAAGGUUUAGGUAUGGGAUAGUGCACGCGGGCAGGCGUGCCACUCCUCGGGAAGCGCCUCGAGCACCUGGGCCCAGGCCCCCUCGAGGGAGGCAGAGGCGCGCGGAGGGGGGGAGCUGUGGCUCGGGCCAGCCUCCUAAGCCUCCCCCCCCCUUUCCCCCCCCCGAAAAAGAGGCCUGCCCCGCCUCCGGCCCCAUGGGCAACUCGGCCGCCGCCGCUGGCGACCUGUGCCUGGGCCGGGGCGGCCGGGGGCUCGGCGGGCCGCCGCCCGAGCCCGGCGGCGCGGGGUGCGGCGCGGGCCGCGCGCGGGGGGAGCCCGGCGGCCUCGCCACGACGGUGGGCGGCGGGCUGAACGGCAACCACAAGUGGAUGGGCGGCGUCCGGGCGCGCGACGGCGUGAUCUACGGCAUGCCCGGCAACGCCGGCGCCGUGCUGAGGAUAGACCCCGUCGCUGGGGAGGUGGGGACCAUCGGCGGGCCGUUCGAGGGCAAGUACAAGUGGGGACGUGGCACGCUGGCGCCCAACGGCGCCAUCUAUGGGAUCCCGUCCACCGCCACGAGCAUCCUGAAGAUCGUGCCGGACACGCGCCAGGUGACGACCAUCGGCCACGGGCUGCCGGAGGGCGACUGGAAGUGGCACGGCGGGGCCGUGCUCCCGGACGGCACCAUCUACUGCGUGCCCGCGUGCGCACAGGUGAUGCUCAAGGUCGACACGAACACGGACGAGGUGUCCACGAUCGCCAGCAGCCUGGGCGGGAUGGAGAGGCGCUGCAAGUGGUACGGCGGCAUCCGCGCCGGCGACGGCUGCAUAUAUGGCGUGCCCUAUCCGGGAGCCCGGUCGCAUGGGAGGCUGCCGGUACUCACCCGGGCAGCCCUGGGCGUUGGUGCUCGCUUCCGCGGCGUGCCGGGGGGCACGCCGGCGGACUGCGCGGGCUCCGUGCUCAAGUUCGACCCGCGCACGGAGGAGAUGACGACCAUCGGGCCCGUCUUCGAGGGGGAGUACAAGUGGCACGGCGGCGUCCUGGCACGAGACGGGGCGAUCUACGCCAUCCCCGCGCACGCCACCUCGGUCCUGAAGAUCGUGCCGGCCACCGGGGAGGUCACGACCAUCGGGGGAGGGCUGCACGGCACCUACAAGUGGCAGGGCGGCGUUCUCGGGGACGAUGGCUGCGUGUACGGCAUCCCGGCCGACGGGGAGAGCGUGCUGAAGGUGGUGCCGCAGACGGGGCAGGUGACCACGAUCGGCGGUCCGUUCAAGGGCGGCGGCAAGUGGCAGGGCGGCGUGAACGGCGGGGAUGGAAACAUCUACGGCAUCCCCGCGCACGCCAACUCCGUGCUGAGAAUCUCGACGGCCACCGGCGAGGUCACCACGUUCGGGGGCCCCUUCGUCGGGUACAAGAAGUGGUCCACGGGAUCCCUGGCACCGACGGCAACAUGUACGGCAUCCCCCUGAAGGCAAGGUCUGUCCUGAAGAUCUCGAGGGACGCCAGCCUGGCCGGGGCCGAGCCCACGGCCGGCAGCGGCUGAGCGCGGCCUUCCGGAGGUGAAAAAUGCCCAGCGGUCGUCGGCCAGUCCCGUCACCGUGCCGUGUCGUCGGGUUGGAGCCGUCGGGGGGUCUGAGGUGGCCCAGCCAUGCGAGCGUCGGAUGCACCCUCGGCGGCAUGCCUUUGCAGCGCUCCGCGCCCUCGUUCAGGGGC